AAUCCAUGGUUGCACACUAUCUCUGUCUAAAAAUAAGCGUUUAGUCUGUCAGCAUAUCUACAGUGCUACUUCUUUCAGCAAUUUCAUUGACUUGAUUAUAGCGACUAAAUGCAUUUGGGUUUGUUCGGGCCCCAUAUUAAAAACAGAAUCCCAUCAAUCAAAUGGAAUGUUGGGGCUGUCGCCUAGCAACGGGGACUCCGGCGCGCACCUGCUGCACUGCGGCACCGGAAAUAGAGAGCACAACACAGCGGCAGAGCAGCAGGCGAUGUGGAGUUAAUCCUUUGCCACGGGUCGCCUUUUUGUCAGUUUCCUUUUUCAUUCUCGGGUCAUCGAGCUUUGGCAUCCUGUCAAAUCUCAGCAGACAGACGGACAGCAGAAGGAGGGACGAGCCGCUCAAUCAGGGACACUGCAGCGAGAACAUCAUCAUCAUGGCACACGCCGCAUCACUCUCUCUGCCAUCUCUGGCAUUUUAACGAGCCGCUUCAGCAAGAGGAGGGAGUCAUGCCCACCAAAUCUGCGAAUUUCACCCUGAGCAUUUGUUUUUAUUAUUAUUUGUAUAUGCUGUGUCGACGUGAGCUUCACUGGUUUCCCCGAAUAAAAUCAUAGUAAGCCACAGCAUCUCAUACCCAGCUCAUGUUGAUGUUCCUCAUACCCAGCCGCUCAGCUGGUAUGAAAGAAGAGCAUUGUUACCAGAGGAAACAACGCAUAAAUCUGCAACAGGAAAUGAAUCGUCUGUGCUCUGUUAAUAAUAACUUUCCAUAUGAUAACAACCUCCUGGUGCUGGACAUGGUCCUGAGCUCACUGUGGGCUUCGCCUCAGCCAAUCAAUUGGGAGAAUGUUGCCAAGUUGGUCCCAGGAUUCACACCUAAAGAGUGUGCACAGAGGUUUGAAGAGCUGAAGACUACAGGCAGUUUCCCUCAUGUUGAUGACCAGUGUAACCCACUGACCAGAGCAGUAAGCUCUCCAUCGGAACCCUUUUCCACCUACAUCAAAUCCAAUUUAUUGGACAUUACCGGAGAUACAGUGGAACCACCGUCCAAUCAGGCCACUCUUUCAGUGUCAGGCCUCACUGUGAUCCCUACUGGUCAAGGAGCUUCUGCAGACAGUGAGAUAGCAGAUCCUGCCAAGAAGAUUGAGAAAACGGAAGAGAAUAAAAUCCCCAACAUGGUAAUCCACGUUUGUGAUGAGGCAAAGAACCUGAAGCAGGACUUUGUGUGUCCGAGGAACCUCCUGGUAAAAGAGAUGCGUUACUUUGAAGAGUAUCUUUCUGUGGACCCACAGCGCUGGGACGAGGUGGACAUUUCUGUCCACUGUGACGUCCAGAUCUUCGACUGGCUCAUGAACUACGUCAAGAGUCACAACACUGAACAUUGGCAUGGAAAACACAUGGACAAACCCAAACUGGAGCACAGCAAUGUCAUCUCAAUCCUGAUCUCCUCCGAGUUCUUGAAGAUGGAAACUUUAGUUGAGGAGUGUAUCCAGUAUUGUCACAAACAUAUGAGUGCCAUCAUAGCAACGCCAUGCAAUAUGAACUGCAUCAAUAACAACCUGGCUGGAUGCAUCGCUGAUCUGUUCAGCCACAAUGAGGCAGAUGACCUCAAGGACAAAAGAGACAAAUUCAAAAGUAAACUGUUUCAGAAGAAGAUUGAGAGAUUAUUUGAUCAUGGUUAUCAGAAUCACGAUUCCCCUGGUAAUGCAUCUACUCUGUACAGAUGUGGACUUUGCCUUAAGUUUUUAACCAAAGAAACUGAGAGAAAAAUCCCUUGUGAUCCAAACAAAAUCAACAUAGAUGCCCGGGGAAACAUUGUAUUCAAUCAUACCAGAUUCCUGUGUACAGAUUUGGGCCAGUGUAAGUACCACCCUGAAGCGGUUGUGUAUCCUGGCAUUGGGGCAGAUCAUAGAUGGCACGGCAUUGGUCUUUACCCCUGCUGCAACCAGAAAGUCCUAAGAUUUGAUCCCUCCUCCAUGCCCAAGGGCUGUAAAAUAAGAGACCACAUUGUGAGUGCGGCAGAUGGUGGUGACUGCAGCGAUCACAAUGUAAACUCAACCCAGACCAGAAUACUCAAUGACCUGCUUCUACACAGAGAGGCUGUGUGUGUGCCAGAGAGCUGUAGCUCUGACGAUGCUUCUGCAGGUAGUGAACGUGUGCCAGGAUGUGAUGUAAUGCUGGAGCCAGAGGUGCUUACAGCUCACAGACCCAAGGAAACCACAGCUUUUUCACUGUUAAAAAACUGGAGUCUUCAGCUGCGGCAGCAGUCUCCGCUGUCUGAAGAUGAGGAGUACACUACAGGGUCAGAGGUCACAGAGGAUGAGAUCGGGGAUGAAGAAGACACAUCAAAAAAACAAGCUGCAAAGAAGGCAAGAAAAUCUGGAAAACCUUUGAAAAGACAAGUGUCUUCCCCCAGUUUCCAGCGUAAGGAGAGAUCUGGAGAAAAGGCACCAUCUCGAGACUCAACCCCGUUCAUCGUAAGCAUCCAGAAGAAUAAGUGGGAUAGCAAUCGCUCCAUGAGGUACAAUCAGGACGCACAGAGGGAGGAGGAUCAGAGGAGAAUGGAGGAGAUAAUAGCCAAUCUCACUAAAAUGCGCUUUGGUGACCAAGAGCAGACGAAGUUUAAAGACAAAAAAGAGCCUGCAGGAGGGCUCUACUCGAGGCUGGAGGCCCAGUUUAAGGCCUCGUCUCAGUCCAGCGGAAGACACAGCAGCUCAGAGAAAACUCUAAGAGCGAAGACGCGCUCAGGGCCGUCAAGACCGACUUAGAGAAAAUGUGUAAAUAAGUGGAUGAGUUUUUGAAAAGGAGGAGUAAACGAGGUUGCUGCUGUUUGACGAGGCAGAAGAACCAAUCACUCUCUUCGCCCAUCCUUUACUCCACUCCUCACCCCCUCCUCCAAACUCCGUCCAGUUACAGCAGGAAUAGCAUUAGAGUCUUUUCCAUCACAAUCCCGGGAGAAGAAUGGAUUGCUGGUGUGUUCACUGAUGUCAUAACUGUAGCUAUAGAACAUAAACAAUGGACCUAAUAAAAUCAGUUGCACUGUAAACAAUACAUGCUUUUGGCUGCUAAUGAAUUGGUUGCACCCACUAAAAAAAUCUGUGUUACACUAGUACCAUUUAAGUUUAUUUUGCACCUUUUUCCUUUAUCUCAUCUCAUGUCUAGCUCAGGAUUCAUCCCAGCUGCAGUGUGUUGUAAUGUCCCUGCUUCAUUCUAGUGGACUCAGGUGACCAGACAAAGCUCAUCUCUGUGGUACUGACCCUGCACUUUAAGUCGUCUUAAUGCAAUGACUCAAACCUGUAUAAUACACAAAGAAGCCACUGGGUAAAGAGUCAUGCUGACGACUAAUACCUAUGAGGUCCAUGAUUAUGUUGCACUGAAACUAUCACAACUGUGCCAUUUGGCCCAAUGUGACGUGGGGUAGAAUACAGAA